AUGAAUGAAGAUCUGAAGGUUAAUUUGAGCUGGCUGCCUCAGGAGCAUGUAGAAGCCAGCUCUACCGAGAAUGCCUCAGCCACAGGCUCCUCCCUGGUUCCUGUUGUAGACCCAGAGCCAGAGCUUUUGGUAAACCCCUGGGACAUUGUCUUGUGUACUUCAGGGACCCUUAUCUCCUGCGAAAAUGCCGUUGUGGUUCUUAUAAUUUUCCAUAAUCCCAGUCUUCGCGCCCCCAUGUUCCUCCUGAUAGGCAGCCUGGCGCUGGCAGAUCUCUUAGCGGGCGUUGGAUUGAUCAUCAAUUUCGUUUUUGCAUACCUUCUGCAAUCAGAAGCUACGAAACUGGUUACGAUUGGACUGAUUGUUGCCUCUUUCUCAGCAUCUGUUGGCAGCUUGCUGGCUAUUACUGUUGAUCGUUACCUCUCCCUGUAUUACGCUUUGACUUACAAUUCGGAGAGGACUGUCACUUUUACCUAUGUCAUGCUUAUAUUGCUUUGGGGAGCAUCUAUCUGUAUUGGACUGCUGCCUGUAAUGGGCUGGAACUGCCUCAGAGACGAAUCCACCUGCAGUGUUAUCAGACCACUCACUAAAAAUAAUGCAGCUGUCCUCUCAGUCUCUUUCUUGCUUAUGUUUGCCCUCAUGCUGCAGCUCUACAUUCAGAUCUGUAAAAUCGUGAUGCGCCAUGCCCAUCAGAUUGCCUUGCAACACCAUUUCCUGGCCACUUCCCACUAUGUGACCACCCGAAAAGGAGUCUCUACUUUGGCCAUUAUUUUGGGGACUUUUGCUGCUUGCUGGAUGCCUUUUACGCUCUAUUCUUUGAUAGCAGAUUACACCUAUCCUUCUAUAUACACCUAUGCCACUCUCCUGCCAGCUACCUACAAUUCCAUCAUCAAUCCUGUAAUAUAUGCUUUUAGAAACCAGGAAAUACAGAAAGCACUUUGGCUCGUCUGCUGUGGCUGUAUUCCUUCUAACCUGUCUCAGAGAGCACGAUCGCCCAGCGAUGUCUGA